CUAAUGUCAGAAGCGAUACGGAAGGUGAGGAAUUCAGUUCUAAUUUGUAGGGCGAAAUAUUUGUAAAACAUUUUUAUUCUUUGUUUAUUGAAAUUUCUUCAAUUUCAAAUUCGAAAAAAGAUAAAAUAGAGUUUGGUCUUUUCACAUAUCAGAACGGAAAGAGCAGCGGAGAAUUUAUUGAUAAUGGAUUCAAAAAUUGUUCCGGAAACAAAACUGGUGGAAUGCCCAUUCGAUAAGUCCCAUCGCCUGCUUCCGAGCCGUCUGGCAGUGCAUCUGAUCCGCUGUUCGCGCAAUUAUCCUUCUAGUAAACAAGUGUCAUGCACCCUUAAUACGACCCAUAUCCAUACCGUGGCCGAGAUGACGACGCACAUCGAGACCUGUCCCGAUCGCUCGAAGCUGCACCACUUUAUGAAUCCUGUCAAGUUGCCGCCAGCGGAGUCGCAACCUGCCAAUUUCUGUGUGGACUCUGCUGAGGACUGGGAUGCUGAGCCGCCGGCACCGACAUACGAUCCGCAGGACUAUUGUGAAAGGAAUUUUAUAAUCCGCAAUCCCCAAGGAAAUCCGCCGGCGGCUCGCCGCGAGUUUCGUGAACGUGAGCGCCGUCGUUUCAACGAAAACAACCCAUUUUAGAAUUUACAAUUCUUUAAAAUAUCCAUCAAACAUGACAUACUAAUAACAUCAAACCAGAGCUAGGAAUCGGAAUGAUGCAUGUCGUAAUGUAAUAUAUUGUAAUAGAACACUCACAUCAUUUACACUUUCUGAAGUACAAAAAUCAUUGAUUGAAAAACAAUUAAACGGACUACAAUUUUAA